UUCGGAUUUUCCCCACGUUUCCACGUUUUGCUCAGCGGUGGAUUUGGUCCAGCAAGAAGACAGCUCAAGCUGUUUUUCUCAGACGCAUUAGACGGUCAGGUGCCACUGGGUUGAGAGGGAAGUCCAAACAGAAGUCUCCCGUUUAUUGAUUCUGGGGAAGGAAUUUUGUGGAGCCGCCGUCACCUCCGCCGCCCAUCUUCCAUCUCGCUCGCGAAUCUGGACAAAAACGUAAAAGCUUCACAGCUCAACGAGGUACACCCGCACAGAAAGCUCCACUAUGGGAUCCGACACCGACGAAGCCACCGGCAAACCCCGGCGCGCCCCCCCACGAAAUGCGCAGAAGCAGGUUCUGGUGUGGACUCUAGCUGGUGGGCUCCUCCUUGCGGUGGGCAUCUACCUGUUUGCUAGCGAAACGAGCGUUGCGGAGCUGCGAACCCGCACGCAGGAUAUGGUGUCUGGGCGGGUUGCGAGCAGGGUUGUGAAAAGUAUGGAGUCUGUGAAGGUAGCAGCAACUGGGGCGGUCUCCGGGGGGACGGAUCUUGCGAGAGCGGAGGCGGUAUAUCGGAGGAAUGUGAAGCGGAGGGAGGCGGCAUAUGGGCCCCGGCUGGACGGCCAAUACCUAGGUAAGGGCGCGGUCUUCCAGUACUUCCAGCCCAUCUACCCGUGCGUUGCGGAGGAGCGCGUCGGCUCCUGGAAGGAUGGCGGCAAGUGGCUGUGUGACGUCAGCAGCCUCGGGCCGCGCUCGGUGGUCUACAGCAUCGGCUCGUACGAGCUGGUGGACUUCGAGGAGGCGCUGUACGACCUGACGUCAUCCGAGAUCCACGUGUUCGACCACACGCUCAACUCGGAGCAGCAGGCGCGGAUGAAGGCGAAUCAGAAGUUUCACUACCACGCGAUCGGCCUCGGGGGCGCGGAGAAGGAGGGGCGGCUCUUGCCGCUCAUGACGAUCAUGGAAACGCUAAAGCAUGACUUCGUGGACGUGCUGAAGAUCGAUUGCGAGGGGUGCGAGUUCUCGGUGUUUCCCGCGAUUUUCCAGGCGUUCGCGGGGCGGGACCCGCCGUUUGGCCAAAUACAGUUGGAGGUACACGAGUAUCAUGGGGAUGUUUGGGACAACGUGAGGGACUUGCUCACGUUGAUUGAGAGCCGGGGGUAUCGUAUGUUCCACAUUGAUAUGAACUGGGAGUGCAAGGAGUGCAUGGAGGUGGCCUUCAUCCACGAAAGCGUGGUGCGGUCGGAUAAAGUGGCGUCGACAUAGAUAAGUAACACGGGGGGGGUAAAAAUAGGUGGACAGGAGCGGAAGUUUGCUGUAUUAUCAACGUACGCUGAGAACAUUCCUAACGGAUAAGUGAAUUGGACGUUUGCAUCUAAUCUGAGCUACUUGUGAUGCCAAGCUUUGUUUGUCUGCAAGCUCGUCGAAGCUUUCAAAAAGGACGAGUUCUAUAAUCUGUGCAGGCUGACCGCGGACCUUUUAGAGAAGCUGCUCGUGUUCGAUCUGCCCUCAUCUCGUGUACCAUCCUUGUGCUGAAUGCGGCUUGG